UAACGCCACAGCAUGCUGCAGGAGAUCACCACCCCGGCCCAGCUGAGCGUGUUUCCUGCUGGGCGUGCCUUCGUCUGACAGCUUUCACUUCUGCUGCUGGAUGAACCGGUCGCCGAUCGUCAGACAUGAGCUACUACAGCGACGCUUCAAGCGAAGACAUGCACGACGAGCUGGAGACCCUGGGGUGGUACCACUACGACCUGUCCCGUCAUGCAGCAGAAGCUCUUCUUCUGUCCAAUGGGACGGUUGGGAGUUACCUGCUGAGGAACAGUAACGGGGGACCAGACUGCUUCGCUCUGUCUGUGAAGGCACAGGACUCAGUCAAGCAUUUCCACGUGACUCGCACGGAGGAUGGCUACAUGUUCGGCUUCAACAAGUUCACAAGCCUUCAGCAGUUCGUCAGCCACUUCGCCAACCAGCCUCUGCUGGGCAGCGACACCGGAACCCUCAUGGUGCUGAAGAGUCCGUACCCGUGGCGUGUGGAGGAGCCCUCCAUCUACGAGUCUGUGCGUGUUCACACAGCGAUACAGAGCGGACGCACAGGGAACGACCUGGUGGCAGACGCACCUCCGCUGGGGACAAAGGAAGGUUAUCUGGUGAAACAAGGAGCGUUUGUGAAGAACUGGAAACAGAGGUGGUUCACACUCAACAGAUACGAAUUGAAAUACUUCAGAGACAAAAUGUGUGAGGAGCCCAUUCGCACGUUGGACCUUCGAGCCUGUUCUGCAGUUCAGUUCGACUAUUCUCACAACCGAGUUAACAGCUUCUGUCUGGUGUUUCCUGAUAGAACAUUCUAUCUUUGUGCAAACACGGGGGUGGAAGCAGAUGAAUGGAUCAAGAUCCUGAGGUGGAAACUGUCACAGAUACAAAAAGGCCGGUAACAGUGUCACUAAACCCAGAGAGGGACAGAAGCUCAGCCUUCAUGAAGGACGCCUCAUCAGCUGGAUGGCGCGUGAAGAACGAAGCACCGGGAGUCUGGACCGAGUCCAGCGAACAACUGGCUGCAUUUCACUUCACUGUUUUUUAACUGUUUGUAUAUUUGACAUGAAUGUCUGCUAUUACAAUCACUUUAUCAGCUUCACCUUCUGAAAAAAAAAACCCACAGGUUUUAACUGAGAGAACAUCUACUAGUAACGGCUCUCUAUCCAAAUAAUCCACAUUUUCAUUUCUGACAGCAAUAAACUCUAAAGAACCGUGUGGGUUUGUAAUGUUAGGCGAAAAGUUUAGAUAAAGAAAGCAGUAAAAGUACUCUUCAGGAAGAAGUAAAAGUGCACUAAGGCCCCGGGAACACCCACACCACCCUCUGCUGGGAACUAGUAAUGUCCACGUUAUCCUCUUCGGGGCACUAGUACUCCAACUGGAUCAGCGUUGGUUCUGCAGCAGAUUAGUCAGAAUGUCAGCUGCCUUCAUCCCCCUGAUCCAGCUUUUAACUGCAUGUCCAUGCCCGCCCCAAGUAAUCAGCUACUAACCACCAUCACUCUCAACUGAUACUUCUAUUCUUCCAGCAGGUCUCUGUUGUCAUUCUCAAACACAAGCUAUCUGCAUAGCAGCUAACUUAGAACUGGUGCAGACCAGGAGAAUCUGACUGUUCAAAUAAAAAGACGGGAAUAAAACACU